AUGGACGUUGACGAGACCGACUACGAAUCUCUAGCACUUUUGAAAUUCGUCCGGAAGCUCAUAGACGAAUGGAUCGCGCUCGGUGAUAUAAAGAAGCGCGAUAAAUACCUCAAAAUCCCGCCACCUUCUCGCCAAAAGGAAACCCAGACACUCGACAGCGUGCCUUCGAUAUUAAACAGGUUCCAAAAGAGACUGGUCCACCAAGUUGUCGAAGUAGAGUAUCCAGACUUUGUCACCAUCGGACGGCCUGGAUUCGUACAGAUUAUUGACUAUGACGAGAAACGCGAAGUUGCUGUCCGGGACAAAAGGGUCCAGUGGUGUCAAAAACGAGUUCGGAAGCAGACGGGUUUCAGAUGGAUCGCCGAAGCCCUGGCUUGGGGUGAUCUUACGCAUCUCAGCACCAAUUACUUCCCUGGCGUCAGAGGCAACACUGCAUCAACGGAGCAGGGCAAAUCACUCCAGGAAUUUGUUGAGAACUUCAAGGCACGCCUCAAAGCUCAUCGACCUAUUCUUGUUGGUCACAACCUCUUCACCGAUCUGGUUUACUUUUUCCGCUGCUUUUUUUGGAACCCUACCGAACCAUGUAGAGGACUUUCAGUCCAUGGUGCACAAGCAUUUUCCUAUUGCCAUCGAUACAAAACAGACCUCUUUAGGCAUACAUCCUCAUUUCGCCAGAUAUUCGUCAAACUCUCAGCCCAGCUUGGGAGCGGAAGUCAAAUUAGGCCCGCAGGAUCACCCUCAAAUACAUCUUUGACGGCGGCACACGGCCUCAACAACCGAUUUUCCCAUUUGCACGUUGAAGAGACGAGCAACGGACUGGCCAGCCCGCUCGUGGUUGCUGAAAGCGAAAGGAGCGAUGGGGUCUUGGGCCAGCAAAGCCAUGCAGAGGAGAUACGACUGGCUGAGAAAGGACUUUUGAUCUCCAGACCGAAUUUUCAGUUCUGGAGAGUGUAUGGCAACAAUUUACGCAACUUUGGAACCAAAGAGAAGAAUCUCCAAAAUAUGAAGCGAGCAAUUGGGAUGUGCGCAGCAUCUAUCUAA